ACCUUGCCUUGGGGAUGUGUUUUGUAUUCUCCUGCGUGGUGAAUCACUGGCUCCUCCUGGACAAUGGCUGAUACCCCCUAAUCAUCACAGGGUAACCCGUGCUCAGGGUUCUGCUCCUUGUUCUGGUGCAGCAAAGAGCACAGAGCCUGGGGAAUUGGGGGAAAUGAGCUCUUGAGGGGAAAAACUGCCAAAAAAACCCUUUGUAACAUUGAUCUGACCCAACCAAAGUGUGUGCUGCUGUUUCUUACAUUACUGAGCUCUUACAGCAUUUCUGCUGCCUUUGCUUUGUGUGUGCCUGGGUCUGGCAGUGAGUCCCAUGCCCUGGACACUCUGUGGAGCCUUUUGAGGAGUAAAUGCUGUUGCUGUGUAGUGGAUCUCUACUCUGAGCCCUUUUUCUGCCAUGAACACCAUUCCUGUGCCUUUCCCUCUCUCUCCAAGGUCCAGUUCUCUAUACAAUUAGGGAACAGAAUCAGGGGCUGGAGCCAUCCUGUACCAAGUGUUUGUAUUUACCCAGCCAGGGUUUUAUCUGUGCUGAUGAACUCCACCCAUUGGAAACUUGCUCCACCCUGGAAACUGUUUCAGUUCUGUCCUCAAAAAUGGCCUAAAAUGCUUGUCCUGCAGCUUGUCCCUCUGGUCCUUAAAUCCCUGUUAAUGCUUCCCCUGUGCUUGCAUUUUGUUCCCCCGUGGUUCUGCUGAGGUCAGACUUCUCUUUUGUCUUCUUUCCUUUCUGCCUUUUGCUAACAAGACAUUUUUAUGAUUCUUCAGCACUCUGGGUGCUUUUGUGGUGUGCAGUUUAAAAGUACAGGCUGUUAAUGCAACAAAUGCUGCCGUGCUGUCUGCAAAUGCCUGAGGGGAGCAAACUGGGACAUCUCCCAGCUUGUCCCUCCUGCCCUGUCCCGCUAAUCCUUGCACAAACUUUUGCCCCUCGCUGCCGUGUUUGUUCCCAGUGUUUGCCAGGACUGUGCCAUUGGGAAAAGGGGUGGCUGGGAGGGUGAAUGUGAGGACUGGGCUGGAUUUCUGCCCUUCCCCGGGCAGUGCAGUGUCCGGUGCACUUUGAUCCCUGGACGGAGGCUUGGCAGAGGCAGCUGGCGCUCUGCCCCGGCUGGGAACGGGCUCCACAGCACCCCUCGCUGCAUUCCCAGUGGGACAGAGGGUGGGAGCAUGUGGGUCAGGAUGAGGCCUCUGCUCAGGGCUGCCUGCAGCCAGCUGCUGCCCCGGGGAGCUGGGCUCUGCGCUCCCAAGCCGGCUGUGACCACUGUGGUGACCACUGUGGUGACCACCUCACACCACAGCCCGCGGCCCCCGGCCCUUCCGGCCACCUCCAGCUCCCCAGCCAGUGCGCCUGCAGGGUUCCUCCAGCCCCUGGUCCCAGGGAGCAGAGCCCCCAGCCGCUGCAGCUCGCGGUUCAACGUGCCCCCCAGUGCCCUGCUCGUGGCCCGGCCCGUGGGGGUCUGCUCCAUGAUGAGGCUUCCCGUGCAGGCGUCAGCGGAGGGGCUGGACGCGGCGUUUGUCGGUGUCCCGCUGGACACAGGCACCUCCAACCGGCCGGGAGCCAGGUUCGGCCCGCGGCAGAUCCGCGCCGAGUCGGCGAUGGUGAGGCGCUACAACGGCAGCACCGGCGCGGCUCCGUUCGACUCCCUGCGGGUGGCCGACAUCGGGGACGUGAACAUCAACCUCUACAACCUGCCCGACAGCUGCCGCCUCAUCCGCGAGUCCUACCAGCAGAUCGUGGCCUCCGGCUGUGUGCCCCUCACCCUGGGUGGAGAUCACACCAUAACAUACCCAAUCCUGCAGGCCCUGGCGGCAAAGCACGGUCCUUUGGGGCUGGUGCACGUGGAUGCUCACACCGACACCGGGGACUCGGCCCUGGGCGAGAGCAUCUACCACGGGAGCCCGUUCCGGCGGAGCGCGGAGGAAGCGCUGCUGGACCGCGGCCGCGUGGUGCAGAUCGGCAUCCGAGGCUCCUCCUAUGACCCCGAUCCCCACAAGUACUGCCGGGAACAGGGUUUCCGGGUGGUCCCGGUUGAGGAGUGCUGGAUGAAGUCCCUGGAGCCGCUGAUGAGGGAGGUGAGGGCGCAGAUGGGGGACAGGCCAGUGUACCUCAGCUUUGACAUCGACGGGCUGGACCCCGCCUACGCCCCGGGCACCGGCACCCCCGAGAUCGCCGGGCUCACACCUGCGCAGGCUUUGGAGAUCAUUCGUGGCUGCAAAGGCCUGAACAUAGUGGGGUGUGACCUUGUGGAAGUUGCACCAAUGUAUGAUGUCUCUGGCAAUACAGCCCUCCUGGGGGCAAACCUACUGUUUGAGAUGCUGUGUGUCCUCCCAGGAGUGAAGACACUGUGAGGGCAGUUCCCACCUGCCCUGGGGCAAUGCUACUCUGGUCCUCAGCCAGGCUUUCUGUGUCCCCUUCCCUUCAGCCAGCUGCAGCCAGCAUGGGCUUUGCAGCAUGAAAUAAAUGCCAUUUACCACUACAAAAGGUACUCUUAAGCUGGGAAACUGAAGGGAACAGGCUGAACACCCCAUUUAACUGGGGUCUGGAGCUUUGGAAUUGGCCUAGGGAAGGGAUAGAUGAGGCUAAUGCCAUUUUGCCUCUGGAAUGGUUCCCCCAGCUCACAGAGCUCCUGGAAAAGCCGUCACUGGUAAAAGGUUUGUCUAAUCAGGAUGUCACAGCAGGACAAUGAACGUAGAAGAAGGGAGGACAUGAAGGGAGCCUGAGCCUCCUGCUGAGAGUAGGGAGAUAUUUGACUAGAUUUCCUGCUCGUGGAAUAACCAGGAGUUUCCUGUGGCAGGAACGGUUUAAUGCUCCUGAAAUUUCUGAGAGGACAUGGAGGUGAGGUUAGUUUGUACACAGAGACACAGAGCCAUCCUCAUCACACAUUAAAAUAGUUUAUUUUGGUUGCGAACCUGUAAUUGUCUUAAAACAAAAUGACAUCAGUGCCUGUUCACAAAUACAAAAACAAAACAAAAACCGAAAACAAAAACCCCCCAAAAUAAAAAAGAUAAGUUUGCCAAAUAAGUUAAUUCCCCCCCUCCCAGUAUCAAAAGUGCAAAAUAGGUACCUAGUUCUCAGUCCUACUUGUCAGGCUGCGCUCGUGUCCUGGCUCCUGCUUGCUGUGGGUGAAGGGCAGAGACAGGGAAAGGGAGGAGUUUGGGAACAACCUCCACUCUGGGGCCUGUCUGCCUUCGCCUGAGCUCCGAGCACUGUGCCAUCGCUCAGAUCUCGCUAGGAGAGUGCACUAGGACCAAAUCUCCUCAGUCUUUGGGUUACAAAUCACCACGGGUGGGACAGAACCGCGAGUGUUUGGGAAAUGAUGGGGGGGACGGCUCACGGCUGCUGGGAGAGGGCAGAUCCCGGGAUCAGCAGCUCUGACCUUGCUCUCGAGGCAGCAAACACCUGGAGUGCCACACUGGCACUGCAGCCAGCUAAACCAGGGGUCAGAGCAGCUUGGCUUUUGCUUCAACCCUGCAAAAGUUUCCAUAAAAAUCCAGGAGCUGUGCUCCUGCCGAGCUGCAGCUGGCACAGGUGGACUGAUGCGAGCACUCCCUCAGCUCAGCCCUGGCUGAAAGGGGAGGUUACCUGUGCUAAAAAGAAAAUAAACCCAAGGAUUCUGGCAGCGUGCAACACACACAAUGGAUGCGAAGGCCAUAAAGCCUUCUCCCCUUCCUCAGGGUGGGGCUGAAUUCCUUGCUGUAGCAUAACUAGGCACUUUUUUUUCAUGAGUUGAGGGUUUUCUCCUUGUUUCUGAUCAGCUGAAGAGACAGCAGAGAUCCAGAGAGCGUUCUUCUGCUAUUGCAAAUGUUUAAGACAUUAUGUGGAGCCUUCUGCUGGGCUAAAACCUAUUCUAGCCACAUCCUGCAUGGCAAGCUGUGGGAAAAGUGCAGGAGUGCUGUGGUGAUUGCUCCAGCCAGGUGGAAAUGAAGUCUAGAAGCACCAGGCUGGUGUUUCACUCCCUCUCUGCUCUCUGUCAGAGCUGCCUGUGCACCCUCACAGGAGCUUCACAAGAGAUCCUGGGCAGGGAGAAGACCUCACCUUCCUUCCCUCCACUUUAGUGCCUCAUUCUGCGGCUGAGUGCACUGGGCUGGAAUUAAUUAACCUCGCGUGGGGAUCGUUUGCAGCAUCGCAGCCUUUAUUUGAAGCAGUUUUACAGGGGAUCUGUGGGGGUUGGGGUGUGCCAGUCUGCUCCCGGGAUGGGGAAAUGCAAUGAGGCAAGGCUCUGGGAGCAAUUAGGGCACGGAGGGAGUGCAGUGACUGGAACAUUCCCAAUUCUGUGUGGGAUCUGCAGCUAGCUCAGGGGUUGGCAGAUAUCCCUACUGACUGGCUGCUCUGCUAAGAUGGUAACUAAGGUGGCAAGGGCAGAGUCUGGAAUUAACACCACUGUCCACUGAGUGCUCUGUGGCUCAAGGGACACUGGUCCCCACCCCUGUGCUUUGGCAGUGCCAGUGCCUGAUGGUGCCACAGGGCUGCAGAUCCACGGAAGGAGCAGGCCUGGGUGCCAGUGUCAGCCCUGGAGCAGUGAAAAGGAAGAACAAACCUCACAGGAUUUCAGUCCUGGCCACAAAGAGAAGCCCUGCUGCCUCACUCGGUCACUUGAGGAGUGUUAAGAUCCACGAGGCUGCUGCUUGUCCUCCCUCUGCCCUACCCAGGGCCACCUUUUCCCUGGGGUGUUGGAAGCGGCUGUUGAGGCACUGCUACAGCAAAGCAUCGUCCAAACCCAGGGCUGUGCAGCUGCUCUAACCUCCCACACCCCCAGCACUUCCAAAAGACCAAAGAAAUACCCAAGCAAACAAACACAAAGCCACGGAAGCAGCCUGAGUGUGGAGAAAUGGAGGUUGGGGCAAGAAAGAAACGGGUGAGAGGCUGAAACCCAAUGUCUCAACCCCCAGACUAAACCAAAGGAGCUUCACACGCACGCAACAGUCUGAUGAUACAGCACUUCUGGGGCAACAUUUCAAGAAUACAAUCAUUGAAGGAUGAGGUUCCUGGAUACAAAGGAAGGUUGGUUUGUACUACAGCUGGAAAAGUGUUUGCAAGGAGCCCAGGUGACUCCCUGGCAGCUACGUAGAUUUUUUUACACAUCUACUGGCUCAUAGCAGCUCACGCCUACAAUCUGAGGACGCAGGUAAAGUUAUGGCUCUAGGAUACAUCAUCUAAAAUCAACAGAAGCAGAAAAGGCAUCUGAAAAAUCGACGUGACAUUUAAAUGGCUCAACACUUUGACAGUAUUUUACGGCCUUGCCCUUUCCCUCCCUGUUAUGGUUCAGCCAGUGAAGCUGCAGGUGGAACCAUGACACAGGAGCAUGAAACAUGCAGAUCGCCCACGAGCCCGCACCACAGGGGAGUCCCAGCUAAGGUUUGCUACGAGGGAGAUGCUCCUGGCCAGAUUCUGCAUCACUUACCAUGGGGAAAGCCGAGAGAGUACGACUGCCUGGCGGGAGGAGGCCUUUCACAAGGGCAGGGCCUGGAGAGUCUGCAGGGUCUUGCCAGAGUUACACCAUGCACCAUGGGCUAAGCACACGGGGACGGGGAGGGAGAACCGCGACCCAGCCCACGUCACUGACCGCGCCUGGGGAGUCACGGAUUUCUUCAACCGAGGUAAAACAAGAGGUAGGAUGGGGGAGACUCGGGAAGCAGAUGUGGCAGGACGAGAGGGGCAAGACAGAUUUCUUGGCUCUUCUGUUGUACGGCGUCUGAACGCACGGCGGGGCGGUGGAGGGCGCACGGAUGCGCUCGGUUGCGCUCCGGACGCGGGAGGUGCGUUCUGGUUG